UUUUGGUGCUCUCAUAUGUACUUUGGCCUUCACAUUCUGACACACACUCAAUCCCUCUUUCCUUCGUAUUAUUCUUUUCAAAACCAUGGUGCCAUCAAAGAAGUUUAGAGGUGUUAGGCAAAGACAUUGGGGAUCUUGGGUCUCUGAAAUUCGUCAUCCUCUUCUGAAGAGAAGAGUUUGGUUGGGGACGUUUGAGACGGCGGAGGAGGCAGCAAGAGCUUAUGAUCAAGCGGCCGUGUUAAUGAGCGGCCGGAAUGCGAAAACCAACUUUCCGAUGAGCCAAACGGCGGUGUCGGAGUUUGGAAAACCGGACGAUAAUAUGAUCAAUAAUAUCAUUUCCCCAUCUUCUCCAAAGGGCUUAUCGGAGAUUCUCCACGCCAAGCUCCGAAAAUGCAGCAAGGUGCCGUCGCCAUCGAUGACGUGUCUCCGACUGGACACCGAAAAUUCCCACAUCGGCGUUUGGCAGAAACGCGCUGGCCAACGCUCCGACUCCAGCUGGGUCAUGACCGUUCAUCUUGGAAAAACCAACUCCUCCUCCUCCUCCUCCUCUACCACCACGGCUGGCGGAGGACUAGAGGACGGCGACGGUGGGCGGGUGAAAAGGAAUAAAAAAAGUGGGUGUUUUUCUGGUUUGAUGUCGUCGUCGCCGGAAGGCGGUGGGAGCUGCCAGAUGAGGAAGUUGGAAAUGGAUGAUGAAGAAGAAAGAAUUGCAUUACAAAUGAUUGAGGAAUUACUGAGCAGAAAUUAUGGUAACCCAUCUGAAAUUAUUCAACUUCAAGAUCAUCAUCAAGGGGAGGAACCAACUUUUUUACCCUCUCUAAUCUAACUAAUUAUAUAUAUACAUACACACACAUAUAGUUGUGCAUUUACCAUAUAAUUAUAUAAUAUGAUAUAAUGUUAAAAUAAUUAGGCUAAAUUUCAAAAUAAAGAUAUCUUUGCCCUUUGUUUAAAAUACAAAUGAUUCAUCUUUUGAAAACUAAAAUAUUAUCUUUUGACUUUGUUAAGAUAUUUUUUAUUCAAAAAUCUGUUAAAAUUUCGGAUAUAAAUUAAGGUUGAAAAUACAUGUAUGUGGUGUGACCGUUUUUGGAACUUUAUUUCCAUUUUAGCAUUAUCAUAAAUUUCAGAUCUAACAUGGUUGAUGGGUAGUUUCGAAAUAUUUUAAAAAUGUUAAAGAGUAUAUAUUAAUUUUUAGAAGAUUUGAGUUGUUUUUUAAAUAAAGGGCAAAGAGGUACAUUUUGGUAAUUUAGCCUAAAAAUAAUAUAUGUAUAUGCAUGUAUUUAAUUUAUGCAUGUAUAUGAAUGUGUGGGAAGUGUAAUUGUACAUUGGUAUAAAAUAUAGAGUUUAUAUUGUGAAAGAAUUUUUUCUUCCAUCCAUUAUAUUUGUAUUCCUUCAACAUGUGGCUUGUUGUAUGUUGUUUUAACCGUUAUGUUCGGGUUCUUUCUUUGAUAUUAUAUUUUAUACAAUUAUAGCGUGGAAGGUCGAAUUUUUUU